GUCUGGGGGUCCGGGUGGGAAAAGAUAAAAAACCAUUUGCGUGAAUCAUUUUGGGUUUUUUUUUAACUGGUUGAUUGUGGGAUUUUGUGGCUUUUAUUACUGGUACAGUGGCACAGCGGAUCAAUCAAUAUACUGUACGUGGAUUAGAGCUUCCUUUUACACCCCAAACCUGUCAACAUAAAAAAAGACAGGUAAAGAAGAGAAGAUGAAAUCCAAUGAGAUUGAUUUGAGAUGAGAUAAAAGGAGAUGAGAGGAGAUUAGUAACAAUAGGAUAAAGUGAGAUGAGUUAAGAUGGUAUGAGACAAAGCUGAAAACUGAAAGGUAAAAAACUGUGUUUGAAAAAACUGCUGAAUUGGUUACAGUAACUGAGGCUAAAACACAGGAAACUGAUCAAAUACCUGGACAGAGUUUGAUUGAACUGUGUUAAAUAUUCAAAUAUUGAUUUUCAUACCGUGUUGUCUCUGGUUGUUUGUUCUUCAUCUGAAACGUGCUGCACUGAACAUUCUAAUCGGAUCUUUUUUCUUUUUUCUUUUUUCAUCAUCACCGUCAUCUGCCUUGUUCCUAUGCGCAACACUUGACAGCUUGCUGGGGUUGGGCAGACUUUAUGGAGUCACGUGACUGUGGCUCGUAGGAGCGACGCUUCAUAAGUGUGAAAACACGGAGGAAAAAAAAGAGGCUGGAGAGAGUCUGUAGCAGCAGCAGCAGCAGCAGGAGCAGCAGCAGCAACAGUCUGCAUCCCGGAGCAGGAGCGCACUCCAGGAGGAGAGAAAAAAACCAACCCAAAACAACUUCAUUAACACGUACAGUUGUCGGGGAAAUAGUUGUUUUGAGUUGUUUUGGAGGUGAUGGUGCUUUUAUUUUGACAGAUGAAGACAAACAGGCUGCUGCUCUUUAUGUAAGACCCUCUGACUUGGAUUAACGCGCCGGGAUCGUGCGCCUUUGGAAAGGAAAAAGAAAAAUGAUGUAAGGUUCUCCACUGCAGCCUCACGCUCAGAUAUAGCCAUGAAGUCUGUGCUGGACGGUGUGGCAGACACCACCUUCCGGACUAUUACGUCUGGUUUACAGUUUCUGGGCUCCAACGAUGCAAACUACGACGAUGCCACCACCGACGUGGACUUCAAGGGCAGCUUCUCACUGCAGAAGCCGCUGUCUGCGUUCCGCAGCAACUCCUUCCCCAACAAAGUACCUGCAGACGAGGAGCUCAUCCUCAAGAGCAUUCCCUUCUUCAGCCCCAACACCACAGACUUGUUUGGUAACCGGAGCACAUUCAUAGAUGAGACCGACACCAUACAGUGUGGGGAGAACUUCAUGGACAUGGAGUGUUUCAUGAUCCUGACUCCCAGCCAGCAGCUGGCUGUGGCUGUGAUGUCUCUGACCCUGGGGACCUUCACCGUGCUGGAGAACCUGGUGGUGCUCUGCGUCAUCCUGCAGUCCCGCACCCUUCGCUGCAGACCCUCCUACCACUUCAUAGGCAGUCUGGCCGUGGCCGACCUGCUGGGCAGUGUCAUCUUUGUCUACAGCUUUCUGGACUUCCAUGUUUUCCACCGGAAGGACAGCCCAAACGUGUUCCUCUUCAAGCUGGGUGGAGUCACCGCGUCGUUCACGGCGUCUGUGGGGAGUCUGUUCCUCACGGCUAUCGACCGAUACAUCUCCAUACACCGGCCCCUCGCCUACAGGCGCAUUGUGACGCGGACCAAGGCGGUCAUAGCCUUUUGCUUGAUGUGGACUAUCUCCAUCGUCAUUGCAGUGCUCCCUCUGCUGGGCUGGAACUGUAAGCGUCUCAAUUCUGUUUGCUCAGACAUAUUCCCUCUCAUCGACGAGAACUACCUGAUGUUCUGGAUCGGUGUGACCAGUGCCUUAGUUAUUUUCAUUAUCUACGCCUACAUAUACAUCCUGUGGAAAGCACACCACCACGCCGUGCGCAUGAUGAGCCGGACCUCCCAGAAGAGCCUGGUCGUUUACUCGGCAGACGGGACCAAAGUGCAGACCACGCGCCCUGAGCAGACACGCAUGGACAUCCGCCUGGCCAAGACCCUGGUGCUCAUCUUGGUGGUGUUGGUCAUCUGCUGGGGCCCCCUGCUGGCCAUCAUGGUCUACGACCUCUUCUGGAAAAUGGACGAUAACAUCAAGACAGUGUUUGCUUUCUGCAGCAUGCUCUGUCUGCUCAACUCCACCGUCAACCCAAUCAUUUACGCCCUGAGGAGCAAGGACCUGCGGCACGCCUUCCUCAGCUCCUGCGGCGCCUGCAGGACCAACUCCCAGCAGCUGGACAAUAGCCUGGAGUCGGACUGCCAGAACAGACAUGCCAACAUUUCUGCCAACAGGGCUGCGGAGAGCUGCGUGAAGACCACUGUGAAAAUAGCCAAAGUAACCAUGUCUGUAUCAACUGAGACUUCUGCAGAAGCUGUAUAAUUUGGCCAGCGCUGAGGGAACUCGAAGUAAAUGUCACCCAAAUCAAUGUCGUUCAACACAGCCAUCGCAAAGGUUCCUGAGAAAAGAAAAAAAAGAAAAAAAGAGCAACCAUUCCUAAAGUAUUGAUUCUCACCCUCACACUGACGCUUCAUUGGUUGCAUUUCAGUCUGUGGGCGUGUGAGUACGUCGUGUGCCGAAGUGCCAAAUGGUAUUGGGAGAUCGUAGAAAAGAACUCGUGGUUUGAAAGGAUCCUGGAGCUGCUGUUUACCAUAAGACUCCAUGACAUCCAAUUAGUGAAGGCAUAUUAUAUUUUUGUACUGUGAAUUCAGGUUUUAAAAACAAUAUAUCUUCAUUUAUGGGACAAGGGGCUACUGACAUUUUUGAUUAGAGCUGUUUUCCUGUGUCAUAUAGACUUUAACCAUGUGUCUUGCACAACUAUAAAAAGAAAAAAAAAACAAAUCCUUGCGCCUUGACUCUCUACAGGCCUAAUGUAGAUGUUGUGCAGAGAUUUCUAUAUAAGCAAACAUGGAGAAAAAAAAUCAAUGACUGAUUGUUAAUUUACACGUGUCAUUGUCUCAUUUUUUACUUCCUCUGACAACACUCAGUGAGUGGCUCAUCUGUGAAGAGGUUUUGAGUCAUGACUCGAGACUCAAAAAAAAAAAAAAAAAAAAAGACUCCAAGGUGUUAAAGGUGUUAGGGGUAAGUAAAACCACAGCUUGUGAGUAUAUGUGAAACCUCAAGCAUUAUCUUCUGUGGCAGAGCGACGAUCGUCCCUGUCCUCAUCUGUUUCUAAACCCCGCUAGAGCUUCAGAGUGACGUGUCUUUGUUCAAAUGUAAAACCUAACAACUUGUACAGUGUUUAUCUUGCUAAAAUAAAGAAUAAAGUGUUAAAAAUUCAAGCUCAUGCAGCCAAACAGCCAACAGAACAACAACAAGAUAUUGGUCAAACCUGCAACACAUUCAUGGUCACAGGAUUUGGACGGUGUGCUGGUCACUACUGUCACAAAAUGAAGCAUUUCGUCAGUGGUUCCAGUCAGCAUUUUUAUGUUGGGCCCAGUUUGUGGGUAAAGGCAUCUGCGUGGCCCACAAAUCGACUAUAUCUGGCCCAAUAUCUGUGUUGUAGUCCAAGUUAACUCCACAUAGACAUACUGACUUGGUUACUGAUAAACGUGGGAUUAUUCUGAAUUCAGCCUGGUGUGUGUGUGUGAGAGAGAGAUUAUUUGUGACCUGGCGACACAUAUUCACUGCUAAGGCUUUUUUUUCUUAUAGCCGUGAGUUCAAGUGCAACUGUGACAGUUGGCCAUUGUUCUGGAAAAAAAAAACAAACAAAAGAGGAAAAAGACAAAAACCCAUGCACAGGUCUAGUGAUGUAGUUUUGACGUAAACCUUAAAAUAAAGCAAUGUCUGCUGUUUAAUUAUUCUCAUCUGAGCAAAAGCAGGAGUUCCUCUUAAUGGCUGCUUGACUGGGAUCAUGCAACGCCUGACUGAACAAACAAAGCAACAGUAGAAGAUGUAGUAGUUCUUUACGUUUGGAAUUCUCUCAGCACAAUUGUUCCGUAGACGUUUUUUCUAGGUGUACAAUUUACCAGACGGCUGUUGAUCCCUACGUACAUGUUUUUGCUGCCUCUUGUAUUAGUGAGUACUGAAAAUCAAACUGUCAACUGUCGAGUGGCUUCUGUACAGUGCUGGUGUAAUGAGAAAAAAAAACAAAAGAAAACAAACAAGUGUUUUACUAUUGGUGUUAUCAAACCUUUGAAUAAAGUCACAGCUGGUUGUUAUUCCA